CUGCAGGAACACUCACAAAACAUGUGGUUGACAUUCACUUUCUGCAGUUCUAUUUUAAAAGGGGUUCUUUAGGAUGUCCUUGUGUAAUUGACGAAGACGAGACAUUGGGAAAAACUAUUUAAACUACUUUAAAAACGUCCUUCAAAACACGUGACUCCUGCCGUACAAAACACGCAAAUGUCAUCAUUUGAUUCAACACCGAACACGCCCCAAUUAACGCAUCCACUGAUAGGAUGCACCAACUCACGUUUCCAGAUAUCUCACUUUACUAAUUACGAGUCGGUGUAACACCGGUAGACUUAGCAUAAUUUACAACAGUCAACAGCAUUAGCUGCUGCUGCCGGUAGCCACUCGAGAUCCUGCCGUAAAUCUUUCCACCGCCGACGGAAAGGUACUCAAACGCGAUGUGUCCUGUCCGUCAAUCGUACGGCGGACAUCUCCCGACAUGGAUCUCACUCUACCGGACGCCGGCUGGACGGUAUGUCUGUUCACGCUGGGCCUGACCAGCACGCUGGGCGUUUCGAUCCCGGCCGGGUUCAACAUCGGGGUUAUCAACGCCCCGGCGGAGUACAUCCAGCGCUGGAGUAAGGCGACGAUCCUGGACCGUUACGGAACGGUGCUGUCGGCGGACGGGGUUAAGACUCUCUUUACGGUGGUUGUUUCGAUAUCGCUGAUUUGCGGAGUUUUCGGAUCGCUGGGAGGGGCAGUGUUGGCGGAUAAGAUCGGUCGGAAGAGGUCAUACCUGUUGUGUGGAGUGCUGCAUACGGUUGGGGGGGUUUGCUUUCUGGUGUGUCGAGCGUUGUCCUCGAUCGAGCUGUUGUUGGUGGGUAGGGCGAUUAUAGGGUUGGCCGCCGGGUUGACGACCAGCGUUCUGCCGAUGUACCUCUCGGAGGUAGCGCCAACGAAGCUACGAGGCACGCUCAGUAGUCUCGUGGGAUUGGGACUGACGGCUGGGGUAGUUGUCGGGCAAAUUACUAGUUUGGAACAGGUGCUGGGCACGGUUGAACACUGGCACUACGCAUUGGGAUUCUUUGCCGUGCUGAACCUGUUUUGCUACCUGCCGUAUCCGUGGAUGCCGGAGAGUCCAAAGUUUCUGUACAGUGUCCGGAGUGAUCCGGAGGGUGCUCUGCGCGAGAUUCGACGAAUCUUCGGACAUGAAGCAAUUGGGGAUGACUACGUGAAGUUACAGAUGGUCAACGGGGGAUCCAAUCAGAACUUGAAGCUGGCAAUGGAAGAGAAUAGUACGUCAACGCGAUCGAUGUGGUCGGUGCUGACGGAUCCAACGCUGAGGUUACCACUGAUUUUGGUAUGCGCGUUGAUGGGAGGACAACAGUUGUCCGGAGUCAACGCGGUAUUCUUCUACUCGGUUUCGAUCUUUGAAUCGGUCGGAUUGAGUACGACAGCAGCCAAGUUCGCCAAUCUUGGCGUUGGAUGUCUGAACCUGUUCGUGUCCUUCUUCACGCCAUACCUGAUGGGAAGAUUCAAUCGACGACCGCUGAGUCUGCUAUCUUGUUUCUUCUGCGGCGUAUUCCUAUUCUGCCUGGCUUUCGUACUACACCUUAAGGACGCUGUUUCUUGGUUCGGCUACGCGUCGAUCGCCUCAAUCCUGCUCUACAUCAUCGUGUACCAAAUCGGAAUCGGACCGAUCCCCUUCUUCAUUGGGUCCGAGCUGUUCGAGCUCGGUCCGCGACCCGCUGCCAUGGCCUUCGGAAGCAUUUCCUCCUGGGGCUGUAGCUUCAUCGUCGGUAUGCUGUUCCCGGCCAUCCAGAGCAUCUGGGGUGCGUUCGUGUUCAUGCCCUGCUCGAUUGCGUGCUUCGUGCUGACCAUUCUGGUGCAGUUUUACCUACCGGAGACCCGCGGCCGACAAGUGUCCGAUGUGGCGGCACUGGUAUCCAAAGGGUUCCGCUCGAAAGUGCUGUAGAAGUGAAGUUGGUGGUGCUCGAACGUAAUAAAACGAUUUUGUUGUCAAAGUA